CGAUCGAAGCACAUCGACGUGAUUCAUCACUUUGCGCGGGAGCGGGUGGCGCGGAAGGAGGUCGAGUUCGCGUAUUGCAAGACGGAGGACAUGAAGGCGGACAUCUUGACCCAGGCGUUGGCGCACCCGGAAAGUUCUUGA